ACAGCUGCAUGCAGUAAAAAACUUUAACUGGCAAAGCAAAACACUUACUGAUGCUUGCAUGACCACAACUACAGGUUCAAGUGUCCUUGCCACUGUGAUCCAAAAUCAAACAAGAUAAAGGAAGACGGGGUUUUCAAGAAGAGAGAAGAAAAGAUGUUUGAUACUCUUGGACUUCUUUGCGUGAUUUGGUGGUGUGUGGUGCUAUUUCAUCCUCUGCAUGCUGACAUCCAGUGUAUGGGGUCAGAGGAACAAGAAUCACCUAUUACAAACGUAAAAAUGAAUUGGAGAAAAAUGGAACUGUCCUGGGAGAGCAGCAAGAAUUUCUCUAAGUACAAAUGUGUCAUCAGGAACAGCGUCACGAGAAGUGUACCGGAAGAGGUGAAUAGUUCACUAUGCAGGUUUCCAGUGCAACUCGACAUGCCCCUGCACAAAGGGGUAUCCUUUAUCAUUGAAGUGCCAGACACAAACAUCUCAAAACACUGCACUUUUAUCCCUGGAGGCAUGAAUGGGUCAGCCAUCGAAAACUUCUCCUGUGUGAUUUAUAACAUCUCCCUCAUGAACUGCACUUGGCAGCCAGGCAGGGAUGCUCCAGGAGAUACCCAAUAUUUUCUCUACUGGCAGAACUCGAGAAACACAUAUGAUGAUGCAAUGGAAUGUGAGCUCUACAUUAAAGAUGAAAAUGGCAGAAACACAGGAUGUAUGUUCCAAAAUGUGAGGAUAGAGCCUGAAAAAGCUUACUUCCUGGUGAGUGGGUCUAGCAAAGAUGCCCUGAUCCAGCUCUAUGAUGAGUACAUUCAACUGUAUAAAAUUGAAAUACUUACUCCUCCAUUAAAUGUCACUGUCAAUUGCACUAGAGAUUCAGUGGGUUGCAUAAUUACAUGGCAACCACCCCUUACAAGUCAUAUGAAAGACACAGACUGUUUCCAGUAUCAAAUAAGCAUACGAAAUAAGGAUGACCCCAAAGAAGCGAAAAAGGAUGAUCAUUCUGAAGAAGUAAGAAUUGACAGCUACGAAUUCCAAAAUUACAAUGAGAAAAAAAAAUACAUUCUGAAAAUCAGAGCACGUGGAAAAUACUGUUCCGUAAGCUCAAACUGGGGGGAAUGGAGCGAACCCAUCGAGUUUGGUCAAGGGAAAGAUUACUUUAUUUUUGUGAUUUUAUUUCUGAUAGCACUUGGAACAAUCUCAGUGGCACUGCUCCAAUAUUUUCUUUUCAAAAGGUAUUGCAGUUUCAAGAGCAUAUUUUCUCCCAUACCACAACCAAGAGAAAAAUUUGAUGCAUCAACUGAUGAAGAUAUCCAGACAAAAUAUGUAAAUCUACCAAAAACACAUUGUACCGAGGAAAUAACUAUGGUUGAAGAGAUGACCUAACUUUCCAAAAAGAAAACACUUGAAUUCCCUAACAUGAAAGAAAAUCAUGGAUUCCCCUGACAAGUACUUCAAACCAGACCAGAAAUUACUAUAAUCACCUAUAAAAGUCUGUCCCAUAAAAAUCCAUCUAAAAUGGAGCAGUGGAAAAAAGUGGAGAAAAUCAGUAAAAUUUGUUCUCCCGUUGUUCAAGAACACAAUGCCUGGCAGCUAAGCUUUUCUGCAAACGUCCGCUGUGAAGACUUGCUUAAACCUCACCGAGAUUUCCUUCACAAUGUAAGACAAGGCCCCUCAUCCACAACACAAAAGAAACUUAUUUCCCAUCUUCAUCGCUAUGAUGCUUCUUUCCUCUGAAUAUGAUUUCCUAGAGGAUGAUAGGACUGCUUAAGAAUGCCACAGGAGUAAAUUUUCCCAGCUUAUCAUUUUUAUAUAUCCAGAGUAUUUUCUGAAGCAGAAACUAGCUCUUUAAAGUGUUUAAAAUUGCCCUUCAACCUUGCAACCAGCAAUACUGAAGUGUCACAGUAUAUUCAAUUAACUUUAUGCAAAACAGAAAAUGGGAAAUAAAAUGACACUUGCCAAAAUUAACUAUUAAUGCUGGGCUGCCAGUCAACCCUUUCAUGAGCUCAGUAUUUCCAAUGCAAAUGUGAACCUCUGCAGUAUUAAUAUGGACUUAACUCACAUAGACAGUAUUUAAAUCUUCAAAAAAUCCAGUGUAAGUGCUGUGAGA